GCGCUUGCGCCAGUGGGCACCUCGCCGCCGCUCAGCAGUCCGGCCGGGGCGGCCACCGACGGGCGCACGCGAGGACGCCGGCCAAGGACCGGUGGCACCUGCUGCGCCGAGGUCCGGGGUGGCACCCGUGCGGGACAGGUUCCCUUCAUGAAAAGGCACUGAAGGCCACUCCCAUCCCAUCUUCUUUGUGGUCACGGGGGGCCGGAGGGCCCAAGAGAGGCCAGAUGCCGAAGAAUAGCAAAGUGACCCAGCGGGAGCAGAGCCAUGAGCAGGUCACCCAGUCAGUGGCCGACCUGCUGGCCCACGAGGAGCCCGUGGAUUACAAGCAUGGUGUGCUGGAUGGUGUAGGAGAAGCCCCGGACAAACAGAAGGGUGCAGAGGAAGAUUUGGACACAGAGGACCGGCCCGCCUGGAACAGCAAGCUACAGUACAUCCUGGCGCAGAUCGGCUUCUCCGUGGGCCUUGGGAACGUCUGGAGAUUUCCCUACUUGUGCCAGAAAAAUGGUGGAGGUGCCUACCUGGUGCCCUACCUGGUGCUACUCAUCAUCAUCGGGAUCCCCCUGUUCUUCUUGGAGCUGGCCGUGGGCCAGCGCAUCCGCCGGGGCAGCAUCGGCGUAUGGCAUUACGUGUGCCCUCGCCUCGGGGGCAUCGGCUUCUCCAGUUGCAUAGUCUGCCUCUUUGUUGGGCUCUACUACAAUGUGAUUAUUGGCUGGAGCAUCUUCUACUUCUUCAAGUCCUUCCAGUACCCAUUGCCCUGGAGCGAGUGUCCAGUGGUCAGGAAUGGCUCCGUGGCAGUGGUGGAGGCGGAGUGUGACAAGAGCUCGGCCACGACCUACUUCUGGUACCGGGAGGCUUUGGACAUUUCCAACUCCAUCUCAGAGAGUGGGGGACUCAACUGGAAGAUGACGCUGUGUCUCCUAGUCGCCUGGAGCAUCGUGGGCAUGGCUGUGGUCAAGGGCAUCCAGUCUUCUGGAAAGGUGAUGUAUUUCAGCUCCCUUUUCCCAUAUGUGGUGUUGGCCUGCUUCCUGGUGCGGGGGCUGCUUUUGAGAGGGGCAGUUGAUGGAAUCCUCCACAUGUUCACACCCAAGCUGGACAAGAUGCUGGACCCUCAGGUGUGGCGGGAGGCAGCCACGCAGGUCUUCUUUGCCCUGGGGCUGGGCUUUGGGGGCGUCAUUGCCUUCUCCAGCUACAACAAGCAGGACAACAACUGCCACUUCGAUGCCGCCCUGGUCUCCUUCAUCAAUUUCUUCACCUCUGUGUUGGCCACCCUUGUGGUCUUCGCUGUGCUCGGCUUCAAGGCCAAUAUCAUGAACGAGAAGUGUGUGGUGGAGAAUGCAGAGAAGAUCCUGGGAUACCUGAAUAGCAAUGUCUUGAGCCGCGACCUCAUCCCACCCCACGUGAACUUCUCCCACUUGACGGCACGGGACUAUGGUGAGAUGUACAAGGUGAUCCAGACGGUCAAGGAGGAUCACUUCCAGGAGCUGGGUCUGGACCCCUGCCUGCUGGAGGAUGAGCUCGACAAGUCCGUGCAGGGCACCGGCCUGGCCUUCAUCGCCUUCACCGAGGCCAUGACGCACUUCCCCGCCUCGCCCUUCUGGUCCGUCAUGUUCUUCCUGAUGCUCAUCAACCUGGGCCUGGGCAGCAUGAUCGGGACCAUGGCCGGCAUCACCACGCCCAUCAUCGACACCUUCAAGGUGCAGAAGGAGAUGUUCACGGUUGGUUGCUGCAUCUUCGCCUUCUUGGUGGGGCUGCUGUUUGUCCAGCGUUCGGGGAACUACUUUGUCACCAUGUUCGAUGACUACUCAGCUACCCUCCCCCUCACGGUCAUCGUCAUUCUGGAGAACAUCGCCGUGGCCUGGAUCUACGGCACCAAAAAGUUCAUGCAGGAGCUGACAGAAAUGCUGGGCUUCCAGCCUUACCGCUUCUACUUCUACAUGUGGAAGUAUGUGUCCCCACUGUGCAUGGCUGUGCUGACCACAGCCAGCAUUGUCCAGUUGGGAGUCACCCCGCCUGGAUACAGUGCCUGGAUCAAGGAAGAGGCUGCCGAACGGUACCUGUACUUCCCCAACUGGGCCAUGGCCAUCCUGAUCUCCCUCAUCGUGCUGGCCGUGCUGCCUAUCCCCGUGGUGCUCACCCUGCGCCAUUUCCACCUGCUGCCGGACGGCUCCAACACCCUUUCCGUCUCCUACAAGAAGGGCCGCAUGAUGAAGGACAUGUCCAACCUGGAGGAGAAUGAUGAGACGCGCUUCAUCCUCAGCAAGGGGCCCAGCGAGACCCCCUCCCCCAUGCCCACCCACCGCUCCUACCUGGGUCCGGGAAACUCCUCCCCCAUGGAGAUGACCAGCGCUCCCAAUGGACGCUACGGCAGCGGCUACCUCCUGGCCGGCACCCCUGAGUCUGAGCUGUGA